AUGGCGGCAUCUCUGUUCACCUACUCAUCAACAUCUCGAAGAGUCACUCCUGCCCCAAACUCUCCUCCACUUCCAAUUCACAUCAAGGCCACCAAUGUAGUAUUCAACCCUGACAUUCCAGAGGUUCAUCGAGGUCUUGGACUCGAUGAUUUCGUCAAUUUCUUGACUUCUUGCCGCCUCCGAUACGCAAUCAGUGACGUACCAUCCGAGUUCUUCCCUGAACAAGUAUGUGAGUUUUACUAUACUGCAACAGUUAGUGAAGAAAACAAUGCCAUCACCGGAACAAUUGGCCGUGGCAGACACUCCGUCUUUAUCACUGCAGAGCUUCUCAGCGCUGCUUUACGAUUACCUCUGUUCGAACCUUUUUCUGAACCUCCAACUAUUGAAAGAUGUAAACGCAUGUUUGAUCAACUGGGCUAUGAUCAUUCAAAGGCUGGUACUCGAUCAGCCCUUAUUUUGCGUCAGUGCAUGACCGCAGGAUGGAAGUUUUUCACUGGUGCCUUGUGCAAGUGUGUGGGUCACAAGUCUCGGAGUGGUGAUCAAUUGAGUAAUUAUGAGCAACAAGUCGUCUGCUCUCUUCUUCUCAACAAAAGACUGGAUUAUGGGGCACUAUUCUUUGAUCAGCUUGUUCAACUUCUACGUGCAAAUGUGCGUGCUGAUCAUGUUCCCUUUCCUCGCUGGAUUGCCUUGGUGUUCGACAAAUUCUUCGCUGCUGAUUAUUUUUCUCACUCUGGGAAUCCAAUCCAAUGCCCUCGCAUGUCCGUUCGCAUGUAUCAGGAUGAUCCUUUGGAUUCAGACAUUGGGAUCUCAGAUAGGAUGAGAGAAUGGAUUGCUCAUCCAUACACUAUGCCUUCUCUUUCAGCUGAUACUGAUGACGGAGGUGCUGAUGGUGAUCAUGUGGAUCAUGCUGAUCAAGAAGUGGAUCAUUAUGAUGGCGGUCAUUCCUCUCCUCCACCUUCUCCUCACCUUACCCCUGUCACUGGUCCUGCCUCCUCAGCUCCACAGGAUCUCUUGUCUCAAGGGAGCAACCAUCUCAGGGGGAUCAUCAGUCUCAGGGGGAGCAUUCUUCUCAAGGGGAGCAACCAUCUCAGGGGGAUCCUCAGUCUCAGGGGGAGCAUUCUUCUCAAGGGAUGCCUCUCUCUCCGGGGGAGCAUUCAUCCCCAGCAGCUCGCCAUUUCUCUCCAAGGAUGCAAUCCAGCUUUCCAGUUGCUCCAGGAACAUCCAUGA